AAAAGUGUCAUGAUCCUUCAUUUCGUCGGACACCCUUCGCAAUGGCAUCAACGCCCCCUAAAUCCUGAAGACCCUCUUCUUCGUCCCAUUUGCUAAAACCCUUCGCGCUCCUAAAUUCACUCAUCCCAUAAACCCUGAAAAUUUUCAAAUACCCCCAAUUUUCUCCACCUCAAACCCUAAACUUCUGUCCCCUGAUCAUACGAUGAUCGCUGAGAUGCGAGCGUUUCAAAUGCUUUACUCUCGUGUUCGCAGCGUCAAUCUAAUCUCCAUCAAAUACCCACAAAUCCACAAACUUUACAGAACAUUUCACUCCACCAACCACCGUUUCUUUAAUGACUCAUCAACUGCUGAUGUCUCUACUAUAUACGAUCCCAUGACUGGAAGUCUUGUAACCAAGCGAGCACCAAAAUCAAAACACAAGGAAGUUGAAUCCAAUAAAGACCCUUACAAACUGUCUAGUUCAGAGUACGCCGAUGCUCUGAAAGACGACAGAUCAUACGGAAGCGUUGUGAAGGCGAAUCAUGGCAGUGGGUCGGGUUUUGGGGCUAACAAGAAGAAGAGUAAGAGCAAGAGUACUUGGGUUUGUUCCGACUGCGGAUACACCGACGGGCAGUGGUGGGGAUAUUGCCGCGAGUGUAACAAUGUUGGUACAAUGAAGGAGUUUACAGAAACUGAUAAUGGAGGAAAGACGAGUGGGUUUCAGGUGUCUGAAAAAAUAGUACGAUCGUGGUUGCCAAAAGGGUCAGGAGAAGCUCUUCCGAUGAGGUUAACGGAUGUUAACAGAGGGAUCAACCAUUUGAACUGGCGAUUUCCUCUGCCUGGACUAUUUGGGCACGAAGUUUCUAGGGUUCUUGGUGGUGGUCUAGUACCUGGUUCUUUGAUUUUGAUUGGUGGUGAUCCAGGUGUCGGGAAGAGUACACUAAUGUUACAGAUAGCAGCCAUUAUAGCAGAAGGGAGAGAAAUCUGUAAGCCAGCUCCUGUGCUUUACGUCUCUGGAGAAGAGAGUGUUGAGCAAAUUGGAAACAGAGCAGAUCGUAUGGAAAUCAACACAGAGGAAUUGUUCUUGUAUUCAAGUACAGACAUUGAGGACAUUUUGGGAAAAGCUCAAGCUCUCUCUCCACGUGCCCUAAUCAUAGAUUCAAUCCAAACUGUUCAGCUAAUGGGAGUUACAGGUAGUGCAGGAGGUAUCUACCAGGUUAAAGAAUGUACAGCAGCCUUGUUGCGUUUUGCUAAAAAGACAGAUAUACCCGUAUUCUUGAUUGGUCAUGUAACAAAGUCAGGAGACAUAGCUGGGCCCCGUGUUUUGGAACAUAUUGUUGAUGCAGUUUUAUAUAUGGAAGGGGAACAAUAUUCAUCUCAUCGUUUGCUUCGUGCAUUCAAGAAUCGUUUUGGAUCAACUGAUGAGCUGGGAGUGUUUGAAAUGUCGCCAUGUGGACUAAAAGCUGUCACGAAUCCAAGUGAGAUUUUCUUGAGUGAAGAACACUCGGAUUCCGAGUUCUUAGCAGGUCUAGCAAUUGCUGUAAUUAUGGAUGGAUCUCGCACAUUUGUCAUUGAAAUCCAGGCUCUAUGUGCAGCAGGGAACUCGCUUUCAAGGCAAGUGAAUGGGGUUCAAGCAGGGAGAGCAGAUAUGAUUAUUUCUGUUCUUAUGAAGCAAGCAGGUCUGAAGCUCCAAUCAAAUGCAAUCUUCUUAAAUGUUGUUAGUGGGGCUACUUUAACAGAAACCGCUGGAGAUUUAGCAGUUGCAGCAGCAAUUUGUAGCAGUUUUCUUGAGUUCCCAAUUCCUAACAACGUGGCAUUCAUUGGAGAAAUUGGGCUUGGUGGUGAACUUCGCAUGGUGCCAAAAAUGGAGAAGAGGGUGAGUACAGUGGCAAAAUUGGGGUAUAAAAAAUGUGUGGUGCCAAAAUUGGCAGAAAAAUCUUUGGAAGGGUUAGAUUUUGGAGAAAUUGAGAUUUUGGCGUGUAAAAAUCUAAAAGAAGUUAUUAACACUGUGUUUGUAGCAGAUGGUUGAGGGCUUCAAAUGUUGUGUGUUUGUACAGUGCUACUUCAUUAAGAAAAUUGUAUAUCAUCUUUUGUUCAUUAGUUAUAUUUUGUAGUCUUUUCUAGAAAA